GAGCAACCUACGAAGCUCAACAAGAUAAGACGCCGGUACCUAUCUACUGCACCUACCUAGAUGAAAAAGCUUAUCACCCCACAAAUACCCCUCAUCCACGUCCUGUAAUGUACACAGUCAUCUUCAAAGUGCAUGCAAGUCUGAAAAGAAGCUAGAUAUCAACUAAUAGCUGGCGCCAACCGACAUAGCCGGAGUACCGCAUGACUCGGGAAUUGUAUAUAAUAGGGCGUGUGGUUGUACAUUUUCCAUAAGCCUCUCAACACGCAUUUAUUGAGAAUCUUCUGACCCCUCUCGACUGCAAUUGCCACUUCUGUCGUCUCUCACUUCACUCACAACUAACAUAACAUUCUCUUGUUCCAAUUCUCAUUAUUUACUCUUUUCAUUACCCAAAUAUAUACUCAUAAUCCCACUUCAAGCGGCCCCAAUUGCAAAAUGGCUCCCCCUUCAGCAACAGCCUCAUCCGAACCCCUCAACACUGGCGCCGCCAUCCCCACAACCUCCCAUUCUACCCUUUCAACCCAAACCCACGAACCUGGCCUCUCAAAAGAGCAAGCCCAAGCUCGUACCCACAGUAUGAAAUUGCCAAUGCGAACACCGCUUGAAGAUAAAUAUGCAGAGAGGGAAUAUCAAAAAGGGAGAUUGGCAUUAGCUUUUAGGAUUUUUGCCAAAUUGGGGUUUGAUGAGGGAGUUGCGGGACAUAUUACUAUGAGGGAUCCUGUUGAUCCAACUAGUUUCUGGGUCAAUCCAUUUGGAGUAGCAUGGCCACUUCUCCGAGCAUCCGAUUUAAUUCUUGUCAACAAAGACGGGAACGUGAUAGAAGGUGGUCCAUGUCGAUUACUAAAUACAGCCGCGUAUAUGAUCCACCACGCCGUGCACACCGCGCGCCCUGAAAUUAACGCAGUAGCCCACUCCCACUCCAUCUACGGCCGGGCCUUCUGUGCCCUCGGCCGCCCCCUCGAAACCAUCACUCAAGAUGCCUGCUCUUUCCACAACGAUCUCGCACUCUACUCAUCCUUCCGCGGCAUCGUCCUCGCAUCGGAAGAAGGCCACGCUAUCGCCUCUGCUCUCGGCAAUAAAAAAGCUGCAUUACUUCAAAACCACGGUUUACUCACUUGUGGAGAAACAAUCGAGAGUGCAGUCUUCUGGUUCAUGAGCUUGGAAAAAUGCUGUCACGCGCAAUUGCUAGCUGAUGCGGCGGCCGGGGGAAGGGGAGGAGAAACUAUCAAAAUCCAGGAGGAAGACGCAGUAUAUACUUAUCGAACGGUGGGGAGGGAGGCGGCGGGUUAUUUUAGUGCAAAGCCAGCUUUUGAUAUGAUGGAGCAUGAAAGUGGCACGGAUUAUAAGUGGUAGGGGGUUGCGGAUACCUAUUCUGUUUGACUUGUGCAUAUUUAUCAAUUCGGAAAUUGUAUCGUUGCUUUCGCUAAAUUUUAAUUUCAUGGGGGCGAGCCCCCAAAUCCCUAUUGCUCGCUUCGCUCGAAGGACGUUCACUUAAUUCUAGUCGGCCUCCAUGGCAAUGGCUCCCAGAGGGCCA